UGUGGCACUUUUAGCGGAUCCAUUUCGCAUCGUUUAGUCAAACGUUGUUGGUGUUUUUGAACAGAGCCCUGCUGUGUCACGUGUUCAUGACGUAUACGGAAGUUCCCCGUUGUCAGCGAGAAGCUAGUCUGCAGGUUUAGCGCGGUUUUGCCGUUGUAGUAUAGUCGUUUUAGUCCAUUAAAACGACUAAUGUCGAGCUUUAAUUGGUUUCGACGAUGAAAACGGCACACUUAUAUUUGUUGUUACACGUCUUGUCGACAGCCAGUGUACUGGUUAACGCCUUUGAUCCGAUCACAACAUCAGUGAUUGUGGGUCUCGGUGCGACUCUGGGAAAGACGAUCUACAAUUAUUUACAUGAAAGUUGUGAUAAGAAAUGGAUCGCCUUCAACGCGACAGGUCUCAAGACUGACCUGGACGACAAACUGUUUGGGCAGCACAUUGCGUCGCGCAUCAUCCUAAAAGCCGUCAGUGGAUUCAUGAGCAACGACAACCCGAAGAAGCCGCUGGUGCUCUCUCUGCAUGGAUGGACCGGCACCGGGAAGAACUUUGUUAGUAAGCUGAUUGCUGAUAACAUUUACAGGGAGGGAAUGGACAGCAACUUUGUUCAUGUUUUCACGUCCACACUUCACUUCCCACAUCCAAGUCAAAAUGCCACCUACAAGUCUCAGUUACAGCAGUGGAUCAAAGGCAAUGUCACCAGCUGUGAACGCUCCAUGUUCAUCUUCGAUGAGAUGGACAAGAUGCACCCAGGCUUGAUCGACAGCAUUAAACCCUACUUGGACUACUACGACAAGCUCGAUGGAGUUUCUUAUCGGAAAUCAAUCUUCAUCUUUCUCAGCAAUGCCGGAGGCGAGCGCAUCGUAGAAACAGCCUUAGAUUUCUGGAAAGGAGGACGAGAUCGAGAAGAGAUUGAGCUCAGAGACCUGGAAAUGUCACUGUCACUCUCAGUGUUCAACAACAACCAAAGUGGCUUUUUUCAUACAAGUUUGAUUGACAAGAACCUGGUGGACUUCUUCGUCCCGUUCCUGCCUCUGGAGUACCAACACAUAGUCCAGUGUGCCAUGGCCGAGAUGAAAGACAGAGGAUUUGAUCCAGACCGGGACGUGGCGGACAAAGUGGCCAGAGAUGUAGUCUAUUUCCCCAAAUCUGAGAGAGUGUUCUCCGUCAAAGGGUGCAAGACGAUAGCGAGCAAGUUGGACUACUUCACAUAAUGUCGGCAUCUGGCGGACUCUGUUCAGUCACUGUGUGCACUUUUUUUUAAAGAAAAACUCUGUCAGCCAAAUGACUAAUGAGAGGAAGUCAAGCUGACUGAAGAGGUCUCUGGAGGUUUUAUCUGUCUGACCCUGUGGCCAUCGAGAUGAUACCGGGGAGCCUUCUCCAAUGUUGCGUCUCACUUACACGGAAUGAAGGGCCUGAUGAACACAGCGCCAGCUCAAUGAAAAAAUAAUAAGAUUGGAAUGUAAGCCUUUGUAACUGAUUAAGGAGCUGAUGUCUGCUUUUAUGUCGAGAGAGUCUUGAAGACGGUUUUAUUUUCCCGAGAGCUUUUUAAAUGACUAAGCUGUACUUCUGUCAGUGAAACAGUCACUGUUGUGCAUUUGUUUUUAUAAAUCUGUAUUCCAUUUGCGUGGAUUACUGGAAGCACCUGCCUUAAUUUUUAAUUUCACAUUUUUUUUAGUUUGGUUAUCCUGCCCAUAUGUUAUCUGUACAUACGAUUCAGUUAACGAAGAUGGACUUUGUGGGUGAGGUCAUCACAGCAGAGCUGGAUGUAGAGAUGGAUAAUUUUUUUGAUACAGACACACAUGAUGCAGAAAAAACUUUGUAUUGUGUAAAAUCAACAUUGGCAAGUAGGGAUGUCCCCAAAGAAGUGUUUCUGUCCCCAAUCCAAUCCAAAUAAUUUAAUAUUUACUUUCUGCUGAUACAGAGUCCGAAUCUGAUAACAUUUUUCUACAAACACUUCAAGUUUGCAUUGUCAGUUAAUUGACUUAUUGAUACUGCUGGCCAUGAUUGGUUAAACAUUUUUUUUUUACAAUUUUUAUCCCCAGCUUCCUGCUACAAACUGUGCUCUCUCUUUACAACACCUCUGUGACAGCAUACAUAAGCGAAGGACUGGGUUUCUGCUGAUGCUGAUCAGUUUAAAAAUCCCUCGAUUGAUCACGAUCUUAGAGAUAGGAUCAGGACGUUCUUAUUGGCCAGACAUGUUUUCCAUACUGUUGAUUGCUAAUUUGGUUUGUAUGAUACAUUUCAAAUAUAUUCUGUUAUACACUAAUCAGCCACAACUUCAAAACCCCCCUGCCUACUAUUGUAUAGGUUCCCCACAUGCAGCCAAAAUGAUUCAUAGGGGCACGGGAUUGGUGUCUGGCACCAGAACCGUAGGGUCCUGUGGGUUGUGGGCUGGGGCCUCCAUGGAUUGGCCUUGUUCCUGUGUGUCCCAUAAACACCGAAUCGGAUUGGGAUCUGAGGAGUUUUGAAACUGGGUCAAAGCCUCUCUGUUGUGUUCCUCCAGUUGUUUCUGAGCAGUUCUAGAGGUGUAGCAGAGUGCACCGUCCUGCUGGAGGACACCUUAUGUCGGGGAGUGAUUCAUGUUGUGUCUGAUGAGUAAUGUAUUAUAGAUAUGUUUGUUUGUGUAUGUAGUGAAAAGUCAACACGUGAUCUUACCUGAUGGGAUACUUGUUUCUUUCACCGUGUCACUGGAGCUGCAUCAGGAUGGCAGUCUUGCAAGAUGGGAGUAACAUGUAUGUACUUAUUAAAUGCAGACCGUUCAAAAACUUGAAAGAUGUUUUACACGAGUGGUUGAUUGUCCAGCUAAUGUUAUUUUAAAAGAAAUAAGAUCUGUUCCCCAAAUUCUGCUGAACAGUUUUCUGCAAAAUACAACACUGCAUUACAUUUUGCUUUGGGACAGGGUUAAGGAAGAUGCGUCGUAACAUUUCUGUGCGAGGAGAUAUUCUGCUGCUUUUGACGGCGCUGCAAAAACUUUUUCUCCACAACUGCCUCUCGUUACCUCUGACUGUGAAAGAUUGCUGUUGAUGUGGAUGGAGAGUUGUCGUUUGAAAUGAAAAUCACAAAUUAAAUGUUAAGUUUUCUUGGUG